UAUCAAAUGAAGACAUGGGACUCUGUUAACUAAAACUAUAGUCUAACUAUAGCGCUGGAGUGAAGUUACUUGUCGGAGAUACUCAGUACUCAUCCAUUGUUCACUUUUUAAAACUAAAUGUUCACCUGAAAUCAGAGCCGGCAGGAGUGACAGUAUCAUCGGUAGUCAAACACCUUUGAGGUCCGCCUCACUUUGUGUCGUGACGUCUCUACGUGAUGAAGGGGAAGUGAGAGACUUUGGAGAUCAACUUGAUCAACUAGUUAAAAACUAGUUAACGCUUCUGUUGUGUUUUAGCAACCCAGCAUAUUCUUUUAUUAUUGAUUUCCUGUCGCAACACUGAGCAUGAAUAUGUUCAGAAGAGACAAAGGCGCUUCUUCAACAACUCCACAUGUCACACCAAAACCCAGCAAGGAGGAAGUAGACAGACCCAUCGCACACAGCAUGGGCCGACAUGAUGCUGAAGUGACCGAAGCCUCACAGGAAAAUACCAGUGAGGUCACAAGUGAGAUAAACCCCAAAACUAAGAGGACUGGCGUGAUGGGAGUUAUGAAAAGGGUCAACCCAUUCAAGUACACGUCACAGGUCCCUAAAGCUUCAUCAUCAGAGUCACUGGAACAGGGACGAGACUCGGACUCCAAACAGCAGCAGGUGCCAAAGAGCGAUGCUCAAAAUGAAGCUAAAGAGAAUCCAGGGACGUUUGCAGGAAUGAUGCAGAAGGUCAACCCGUUCAAAUCCUCCCAGCCAAAGGACUCCCAGGUUCUCAACAAUGAACUCUCCUCCAGCAGUGGAAGCUUAGCAGACAAUACCUCGUCAGAGAAAGAGAAUCCAAAUAUGUUUAAAGACAUGAUGCAGAAAGUCAACCCGUUCAAGCCCUUCACACAGCAGGUGCCAAAGAGCGAUGCUCAAAAUGAAGCCGCAGAUCCACCAGAGAUUGAGAAAGAAACUGAAGUCAAAGAGAAUCCAGGGAUGUUCGCAGGAGUGAUGCAAAAGGUCAACCCGUUCAAAUCCUCACAGCCAAAGGACUCGCAGCCCCUCAGCAACGAGCUGUCCUCCAGCAAGGGAAGCUUGACAGAAAACAACAACCUGCCCGAGAAGCAGAACCCUGGGAUGUUCAAAGGGAUGAUGCAGAGAGUUAACCCCUUUAGGUCUUACACACAGAUGCCAGAGGAGGAAUGUGAAACGGACUCAGCAGUUCCAAAACCAGAUCCGUCACUGAAGACGCAGAUGAAGGAACCCAAAACCUUACAAAAAGAGCACUCCACCAGCACUGAAAGCUUGGACGACAGCACCAUAGAGAGACAUUCUAUUUGGUACACUGAUGGCGACACUAGCUGUGAAGUGAAAAGCCAGCCAACAGAGGUGCCAAAAAAAAGAAGAAUGACGUUCAAGUUAAAGAGAAUCCUACCGAGUGCAUUGUUUGGGUCGGGAACAAAGGACUCUGCAUCACCUGACUCCCAGGAACUGACCCAGGAGACCGUGGAAGUUCAGACUCUAGAGAUGGCAGAAAUACCAGUGCACAGUGAAGGAACUGUUCCAGACCCUCUAGACGAUGAGGAGGGCCUGGUAGCGUGGUGGAGAACAGUAGAGGGAUGGGACGAGUGGAAUGUGGCGAACCAGGAUGAUGCAGCUGAAGAAGUGGUGGAACAAGCGGCCGAUCGCGUCUUCAUGGCGGCUCGUCUUUUCGUGCGCUUCUUCAACCAGCGCGGCGCUUCGCUGCAGCAGAGGAUCCUGGAGCUGCUCUCAUUGGCUGACGCGGCAGACCUGUUCCACAAGAAGACCGUCUCGGCCAGCAUCGGCGGCGGCGUGGCCAGCGUCGCGGGCUCCAUCACCACCAUAACCGGCCUCAUCCUGGCGCCGUUUACGAUGGGCACGUCGCUCAUCGUCACCGCCGUGGGCAUCGGCGUGGCCACGGCGGGCGGGGUGACUUCGGCCUCGGCGAACAUCACGGACACGGUGCAUUCGAAGACGGACCGCAAGAAGGUGGAGAAGAUGAUCCAGGACUACGAGGAAGAGAUGAAGGACAUCAAGGAGUGCCUGGAGUUUGUGCAGGAGGGGAUGGAGACGCUCGACGAGUGGAACUUUGAGCAGUACGCCGAGAGCAUCUCAAAGAAGCACCUGAACCAGAACGUCAAACACGUGAUGAAGGAGGGCGGCCGCGCCGGGAAGGCUCUGGUCAUCAACACGGAGAGCCUGAUCGGCACGGUCCAGGUCCUUGGCGCCGCGGGGAGCGCCGCCAAAGCCGUUCAGGUGAUGAGCGUCACGACCGGGGUCAUGUCGGGCCUCUUCCUCGCUCUGGACGUCUUCUUCCUCGCCAAGGAUUCGGUGGAGCUCAACAAGGGAGCCAAGACGGAGUUCGCGGCCAAGAUCCGCGAGGUUUGCAAGGACCUGCAGGACGGGCUGCUGGAGCUGAACCGCAUCAAGGAAGAGCUGCAGAGAACCAUGGAUGGGGUGGAGGUAGAGGUGGAGGAGGAGGAAGAGGACGAGGAGCUGCUGAAGGCUGAUUUGAAGAAACUCCUUGAACUUGAAGAUUGAAGGACAAAACCAAAACCUCACUGUCACUAAAACAAUCUUUUUCCACAAAAUGAAGUUUGAGCAAAAACUAAUAAUGCUGUAGUUUUUUUUUCUUUGUACAUUUUAAUAUUUCACUUAUUUAUAGAAGUAGUUUUUAAUGAUAUGUAUGAAAGAUUGUUAUUACAAUGUUUCCCAGCAAUAAAAGUGUUUUUAUGCUUA